UAAAAAAUUUAAGAGACACCUACACAAGCUUUUUUUGUCCAUUUUCGCGUUCUUCUCCGUCUUCUUAUGUAUACCAGUCCGAAGCUUUUUUAAGUGCACUGCUUCCAAUUUGGCGCUCUUCUUUGAAAAUUCCGGAGCCAUUGGAGAGAGAGCGAGUGAUUGAAAGUCUUGGAAAUGGAUGGUCCUUUAGAUUUCGAGUCAGAAGACCCGCUUCUCAGUUCCCCUGUCGCUCUCAAGAAGAGGAAAAUGAUUAUCGGGUUAGAUGAUCUUCUGACUGAUCACUACAAGGAUAAAUGCAAACUCGUUGAGAAAGAAUCUAGACAGGCAAAGAAGAAAAAGAACUAUAAUUCGGAUGAUGAUGAUUUUGGCAAAGAGGCUGUGGUGUCCCAAGUUGUUGAUGAAUGCCAAAAUAAGAUGAGCCAACUAGGGGGUGAGGAAGAUACAUCCAUAUGGGGCUUAAAGGUUUUUGGAGAACAGAAAACCCCACCAACUUUACAAAGUCCUGAACUCAAAAGUUGCCACCUUUUGCGAAAUUUCCUAAAUAAUGAAGUUAACUCUUUGGUGAAUCUCACCAUGGAGAAAGGUGAUGCUUUCCUUGAAGGUUUAUUGGUAAAUGGCUGGCUGUCAACACUUGUUUCUUUGACAGGUCGUGUAGAAAAACCAAUUGCCAUAUGGACCUUCAAUUUAAUGUUAUAUUCAUCAAGAGAAGAGCUAAGAACAUCAGCUUUUGAUUUCUGGAGGGAUAUCAUGUUACCUAAACAUGAGGUUGAACAACAGCCUCUCCAAAUUGAUUGGUUUCCUAACCAUGCUCAAUUAGGAGAAGCUCUUGAGACUUAUGGAUUUAGAUUUGAGUGCUCAUUAAAUCCUGGAUUUGUCCACGCUGGUUCUGGACGUGGAGGGCCACCUCAGAAUAUAAGGGCUUGGAUCAAAUUUAUUACUAUUUGUUGUCAAACAAAGAUUAAAAAGCAUAUAUUUACAUUCUCCGAAGUUGAGCAACUAGCUGAAGCCAUUAUUUGUUUAUUUCUAGACCGCCAGUUUCAAGGCUUAUCCAUGCUCUUAUGUGAAUGCUUACAAUCGCUUAUCCAUUACUUCACAGAUGAAGAAUGGAAGGCAUGUUGUGAGAAAAUAGCAAAAUCUCUUGUUUGCAGGAUUCCUAGGGAUCUAAAUUGCUUGCGAGCUGUGGAAUGCAUUUCUGGAGCUGAUGCCCGUAGUAAAUAUCUGAGGAGUGCAGUUGCCUAUCAAAUUCUUCUUAUGUGCUUUGAAACUGAGGCUACUAAUGAGGAAGGGGUUUUGAGAUUACUCACCUCAAUCACAGUUAAAGACAAAAGCUGCGACCUAUUUAAGCUGUAUAUUUACUUGGUGUUGACGGAGAACUGGCUUGUCGGUAGUCGAACGUUAGAAGGCAAGCCGCUAAUUUGUGAAAUGUGGGGUCUGUUUCUCAGAAACUGCUCCUGCCAAAUCACCAGUACAGAUUUGAGGUCCUACGCAUCAAAGGUUCGUAACAAAGCUUCAUAUAUCCUGCAAAGCUCUUUUAACGAAUAGAUUUUGAUGGGUACGUCUUCUGACUCCGAGCAUCAUCCCUCUAUACUUGCCUCAGAUGAUUAUCGCUCGCUGACAUGAACAACUGAAAACUAAAGAACAGGUCUAAUUAAUCGAUUUUGUAUAGCCUACAGGUGCUCUUUUUGAUCCACUCGAUUGUUAAAAUAUCCAUUUCAUCAAGUUACUGAGUUAAUUUUCUUGGAGUAGAUAAUUAGUAGUACUAAAAGGAUGAAUGAAUGUCGUUGAUUAUUUGGUAAGAAUUAUGGUAGAGAAGUUUAUGAAUGUCGGACUGAUUUUACCAAAGAUAGGCAAAAUACGAAUUCCUAAUCCCAA